UCGAUAAUGAAUGUUAUCUCUGAGUUCAAGGGGCCAUGUUGUGGGUGUAUGGCUGUUUGGCAGAAGGGGGCUGAAUCCCGAAGGCAGAAAUGGUGAUGGAGUAGUAGAAGAAGGGGGUCGGCCUGCUGUUUUAGAGCUGUGAAGCUGGUACCUCUGCCCACAAGAUGAUCGGUGGGCUAUUUGUAUAUAACCAUAAAGGUGAAGUACUGAUCUCCAGAGUGUAUAGAGAUGAUAUUGGACGAAAUGCUGUUGAUGCUUUCCGCGUCAAUGUUAUACAUGCCAGGCAGCAAGUCAGAUCACCAGUAACUAAUAUAGCAAGAACAUCUUUCUUUCACAUUAAGCGAGCAAAUAUAUGGCUUGCCGCAGUAACAAAGCAGAAUGUGAAUGCUGCCAUGGUGUUCGAAUUUCUGUUGAAGAUAAUAGAUGUUAUGCAGUCGUAUUUUGGAAAGAUUUCAGAAGAGAAUAUCAAGAACAACUUUGUGCUCAUUUAUGAAUUACUUGAUGAAAUCUUGGACUUUGGUUAUCCUCAGAAUUCAGACACAGGUGUUCUGAAAACUUUCAUAACACAACAGGGAAUAAAAUCUCAGACUAAGGAAGAACAAGCACAGAUAACAUCACAAGUUACUGGACAGAUCGGAUGGCGUCGAGAGGGUAUAAAAUACAGAAGGAACGAAUUGUUCCUAGAUGUCCUUGAAUAUGUUAAUCUUCUGAUGUCACCACAAGGUCAAGUACUGUCAGCACAUGUUGCUGGUAAAGUAGUCAUGAAAUCUUACCUCUCAGGUAUGCCAGAAUGUAAAUUUGGGAUCAAUGAUAAGAUCGUCAUGGAAGCCAAAGGAAAGGGUCUGACUGCAGGUGGUGAUGAUCCAGCACGUUCAGGGAAGCCUGUAGUUGUCAUAGAUGAUUGUCAGUUUCAUCAAUGUGUGAAGCUAUCAAAAUUUGAGACGGAACAUUCCAUCAGCUUCAUUCCACCUGACGGAGAAUUUGAGCUGAUGAGGUACCGUACGACAAAAGAUAUCUCAUUGCCAUUCAGAGUUAUUCCUCUUGUGAGAGAAGUGGGACGUACAAAGAUGGAAGUGAAAGUUGUUCUGAAAUCUAACUUCAAACCUUCCCUUCUGGGUCAGAAGAUUGAAGUUAAAAUCCCAACACCCCUGAAUACAUCAGGUGUACAGUUAAUUUGCCUGAAAGGGAAGGCUAAGUACAAAGCAUCAGAAAAUGCAAUUGUGUGGAAGAUCAAGAGAAUGGCAGGUAUGAAAGAAACACAGUUAUCUGCAGAAAUAGAACUUCUUGAAACUGACACAAAAAAGAAGUGGACAAGACCACCUAUAUCCAUGAAUUUUGAGGUCCCAUUUGCUCCUUCUGGCUUCAAAGUUCGGUACUUGAAAGUGUUUGAACCAAAGCUGAAUUAUUCAGACCAUGAUGUUAUAAAAUGGGUUAGAUACAUUGGCCGCAGUGGCCUGUAUGAAACACGGUGCUAAAAUUAUCAUUAAAUUUCUCAAAUGAUUAGUGGAAUAAAUUUAAUAUAUAAUACAUUCCAUAAGUGAUAUUCUGAAAUAUAUUAUGGAUAAACCUACAGAAAAAUCAGAAUUGUAUUUAGUACUGCUAUCAGUAAAAAGUGAAAAUGUUGAUUCUGUUCUAACAUUGUAUAUGAUCUGCUAUUGUUACGUCAAAUAUGUUUUAGCACCUAAGCUUUCUUGCUUGAUUAUGCUUUAGUGAAUUCAGAAUUCUUGCUGUGGGGGUAAAUGCUUAGGAAUAGUAGUGAAAGUAAGCUGUAUAAAUAAUAUGGAUGGACUAAAAUGAAAUACUCAUACUAUGUAUUGUUGCCAUUUUUGUAUACCAUUAUAAAUAGAUGGAAUCUAUGUACUGUAUGUGUGUGAAGUUUGAGCCUAUAGUCCGAAUGGUUUCGAACCUUUCACUUUGUUACUGGCUCAAAGAUUAAAGUGUUUGUUAUGUUA